CACCCCCAAAAUCACACUAACACUCUUAACAUCACACCAGCACUCUCAACAUCACAACAGCACCCCCAACAUCACACCAACACCCCCAACAUCACAACAGCACACCCAACAUCACACCAGCACUCUCAACAUCACACCAGCACUUCCAACAUAACAACAGCACCCCCAACAUCACACCAGCACCCCAACAUCACACUAGCACCCCCAACAUCAUACCAGAACCGCCAAAAUCACAUCAGCACCCCAAGUAUCACGCCAGCACCCCCAAAAUCGCACCAGCACCCCCAACAUCACACCAGCACAUCCAACAUCACACCAGCACCUCCAACAUCACAACAGCACCCCCAACAUCACAACAGCACCCCCAACAUCACAACAGCAACCACGAAAUCACAACAGCAGCCCCAACAUCACACCAGCACAUCCAACAUCACACCAGCACCCUCAACAUCACAACAGCACCCCCAACAUCACAACAGCAACCACGAAAUCACAACAGCAGCCCCAACAUCACACCAGCACAUCCAACAUCACACCAGCACCCUCAACAUCACAACAGCACCCCCAACAUCACACCAGCACAUCCAACAUCACACGAGCACCCCCAACAUCACAACAGCACGCCCAACAUCACAACAGCACUCUCAACAUCACAACAGCACCUCCAACAUCACAACAGCACCCACAACAUCACAACAGCACUCUCAACAUCACAACAGCAUACUUAACAUCACACCAGCACUCUCAAAAUCACACCAGCACCCCCAACUUCACAUCAGCAACCCUGACAUCGCACCAGCAACACUGACAUCACACCAGUACCCCCAACAUCACACCAGAAACAACAACAUCACAUGA